CCCCGGCCCAUUUCGUGGAACGGAAAUUCGCUUUGAAUAGAUCUCUCUUUAUGUGAUAAUAAUACCACUGCUUCGGUAUCUCACGAAAACAAAAACAAAGAAAAACAAUGACCCAAGGAGCCCUCAAGAAGUCCAAGCCCGGUGCGGCGACGGCGUCGAAGCGACCUAACGCCCUCGGUCCUAAGAAAGGCCAACGUUCCAUCGCGCCCAAGAAAGCAUCGUUGGUAAAGCAGCGAAAAAUCACCAAGAAACUCACCUCCGGUCUGAUCAACAAGACGGAGCGGAACUUGGCUGAGCGGGCGGGACAUUUGGAACUUCUUGCGGGUGGAAAGAAAGAUAAAAAGGAAAAGGGAAAGGAUAAGAAUGGGGCUCAAAGGAAGUGAGGGUUGAAAGUUCAAGGAGCGUAUAUUUGGAAAUUUGAGAUAUGGAGUUCUUGCUUGAUGUCCUUGGCUCUGUUGGGUGUCGAUCACAGCCUCGACUCAUAUCAUCCGGUACAGGGAGAAGUGUCGUGAUGUUCCUUUACAGGCUGUUCCUUGUUACUCCCGACUUAAUGCGGACACGGAUGCUCUCUGCCCAUGCGAACGGGAAGCCAUGGCUACUGGAACCAAGCCGAAACAGGGGUUCGGGUACGACGUGGCUGGCCGCAGUGUUUAUGGCCGGACGAGACCAGUCCCAGUCCUGUCCUGUCGUAAACGCCUUGGACACGAAAAGGAAUGAGAGGUGCAUGGGACGCCCGCGUCAGAGACUGAUCUCGUUCGGCGCUGCCUUUUUAUGAUACCACCUGGAUAAAACUGGUUAUAAUAGACGAUCAUGCAUAUUCCAAA